AUGGCUGGGGAGAGGAAAGGUUCCCAUUUUUUAGGGUACUCCGGGGAACAGAUAUCCAGUGGAGACGACGGGAUGGGGCCUGUAGCUCAGAGGAUUAGAGCACGUGGCUACGAACCACGGUGUCGGGGGUUCGAAUCCCUCCUCGCCCACAACCGGUCAAAAGGGGAAGGACCUUUCCCUCUGGGGGUUGAAAAAUCAUUAUAUAAUAAUCCAAAAAUUGCAAUAGAAAAAGAAUCCAGAAAUUGCAAUAGAAAAGAAAAAGAGAGGUUUGCGAUGAUUUUUCAAUCUUUUAUACUGGAUAAUCUAGUAUCCUUAUGCAUGAAGAUAAUUAAUUCGAUCGUUGUGGUCGGACUCUAUUAUGGAUUUCUAACCACAUUCUCCAUAGGGCCAUCUUAUCUCUUCCUUCUUCGAGCUCGAGUUAUGGAAGAAGGGACCGAGAAGAAAGUAUCAGCAACAACUGGGUUUAUUACGGGACAGCUCAUGAUGUUCAUAUCGAUCUAUUAUGUGCCCUUACAUUUAGCAUUGGGUAGACCUCAUACAAUAACUGCCAUAGCUCUACCGUAUCUUUUAUUUCAGUUCUUCGGCAAUAAUCACAAAAAGUUUUUGAAUUAUGGAUACAAGAAUCCAAAUUCAAUACGUAAUUUUAGUAUUCAAAGAAUAUUCUUUAAGAAUCUUAUUUUUCAGUUAUUAAACCCUUUCUUUUUACCAAGUUCAAUAUUGAUAAGAUUAGUUAACAAUAGAUUAGUUAAUAAGAUCUUGAUUACUAUUAAUAAAUAAAUAAUACCAAAUUACUAAAAAGAUUAAUAUAAAGAAUAUAAAAAAUAAGAUAUAUGAAGAAAGUCGUCCACUCCCUAUAUAUUUAAUAGUUUCUCCCAUAAAAAAACUUGUAACACCAAUUCCAUUUGGAAUUCCAUCAAUUACUUGUCUAUCCAUAAAAUAAUUUAUUUUACUUAAUUUUCUUACACUUCCAAUUAAAGAUAUUUCAUAAAAAGCAUCUAUAUAACCACGAUUAUAUGACCAAUCAUAUAAGACAUUUAUUAUAUUAUCGGCAAGAAUUUGUUUGGGAACACUUUUUUCAAAUAAAUUGAAUAAAUUCAAAUUUAGUAAAUCUGAAAAAACCGGUUUAUAAAAAAAAGACGCUAUAAAUAUUCCGAAAAACGUUAGAAUCACAGAAAAAGUUACGUUUGUAAAAAAUUCAUACCAAUCCUGAAUUUUUUUUGAAUUUUGAUGUAAAAGGUCUAUAAACGGAAUUAAUAAUCUUGAUAAUAUAUCGCAAUCUAUUCCUUUUUGGCUGAAAGAAAUUCCUAUGGCCCCAACAAAAAAAGUAAACAAUACUAAAACAAGCAUAGAAAAUUGCAUAGUAUUGUCCGAUUCGUGAGGAUAUAAACAAGCAGUUUUUUUAGUACCAAAAAAAUGGGUACUAUCAAAAAAAAGACGUGUUAUGCUUUUGACAUUUCGAUGAAUUCGAUGUGAAUAUGUCUUCUUCAGAAAAAAAGAAGUCAUUUCAUUCUUUUUCAUUCUUAAUAAAGCUAAUAAAUAAAUUUUGUUUUUUAUUUUUUCUUCUUUACCCCAUAAAGAUAUUGAAUAGAAUGAAUUAUUUUUUUUUCCAUUGAAAUUUAGAAAAUGAAUGUUUAAAUAUCCUUCAAAAACAAGUAAAUAGAUCCGAAACAUAUAAAAUGCAGUUAAUCCUGCUGUGGAACAAGCUAUUAUUGCGAAAAUUGGUGAAUACAACCAACUAUCAUUAAGAAUCUCAUCUUUGGACCAAAAACAGGCAAAAGGUGGAAUACCACAAAGAGAAAGUGUACCUAUUAAAAAAGCAGUUUUUGUAAUUGGCACAUGUUUUGUUAAACCACCCAUAAGAACCAUAUUUUGACUUUUAGCUGGAGAAUAUCCAACAAUAGCUUCCAUUGAAUGAAUAAUGGAUCCAGAUCCUAAAAAUAACAAUGCUUUUGAAUAAGCAUGAGUAAUCAAAUGAAAUAAAGCGGCUCGAUAAGAUCCCAUACCUAGAGCUAAUAUCAUAUAACCCAAUUGAGACAUUGUGGAAUAGGCCAAAUCUUUCUUAAUAUCUUUUUGAGCAAUAGCUAAAGUAGCUCCUAAGACUACUGUUAUUAUACCUAUAAAAGCUAUUCCAUUCAUUAUGUAAGGUAGAACUAUGAAAAGAGGAAGAAGUCGAGCUACAAGAAAAAUUCCCGCCGCUACCAUAGUAGCAGCAUGUAUAAGAGCGGAAAUGGGAGUAGGUCCUUCCAUAGCAUCUGGUAACCAUACAUGAAGGGGAAAUUGGGCAGAUUUAGCAACUGAGCCACAAAAUAACAAGAGGGCGG